AUGGCAGCUCCAAGGGAACUUGGGACCACUGGCAGUUCAUCGACAGGAAACAGGCACCGGAGUCAUCUCGGUAUCCCCGAAGCGGUGUUCGUGGAAGAUGUUGAUGCCUUUAUGAAACAGCCUGGAAACGAGUCUGUUGAUAUCGUACUCAAGAAAUUGGAUGAGCAAUAUCAGAAGUAUAAGUUUAUGGAACUUAACCUUGCCCAGAAGAAAAGGAGGCUAAAGAGUCAGAUUCCUGAAAUCCGACAGACAUUACACAUUUUAAAGUAUAUGCAGAAGAAAAAGGAGACCCCGAAGCCCCUGGAGACUAGAUUCUUGCUGGCUGAUAACCUGUACUGCAAAGCUUCUGUUCCUCCAACGGAUAAAGUCUGUCUUUGGUUGGGCGCCAACGUGAUGCUUGAGUAUGAUAUUGAUGAAGCCCAGCUGCUGCUGGAGAAGAACCACUCUAUGGCCACCAGCAACCUGGAGUCUCUUGAGGAAGACCUGGACUUCCUCCGGGAUCAGUUCACCACCACAGAAGUCAAUAUGGCCCGAGUAUACAACUGGGACGUCAAGAGAAGAAACAGGGAGGAGGCCCCCAAAGCUGGAGUGGCAUAGUGUGCUGGGCCCACGGCUCAGCUUUCCCAAGGGGCUUGGCCUUUGGAGGUCUGAAUUUUGACUUGGGAGUAAUUGCUUUUUAAACAAGAAGGGCAUUACAAUGAAGUCAAAAUGGAGCACACAUAUUCUUUAUGAAGAUGAAAUUUGGCUUCAUUAUUUGUCAUGAAAUUUGAUUAUAAUUGUUCAACCAAGGAAAUGUGGAAUUUGGAUUCGGUUAUCUCCACAAUCCCUCCCAGCUCUGGCAUUCCAUAUCUUUGAUUAACAUAAACCUGAAAUUUGCCUCCAGCAAAGCUGCAUGGGUGACACUGGCCCCUGGACACCCAGUGGGUCUUUAUUCUUCUGUAUUUGUUAUUAUUUACCUUUGAAGUUUAGAGAGAGGGAAAAUGUACGGUUCCCAUUUUGCAAACCUGUUGUUCUUUGUUAAACCAGUCUGUUGUAAGUUUGAUGGUUCACAAGUUGAUUUUUCUCUCUGGUGUAAAUUUGGUUAAUUCCUGGUCAGUCUCCUAAAUGUUUUGUACUUUUUUCAUGAAAUGAUUUAUCCUCCCUUAUAACUAAGACAUGGAAUAUAUUUGAACAGCAACAAGGUUUGUUGAGGCCACACAUUCUUUGCCCUCUUUCUUUCCAAAGUUUCUUGUUAACUAAAAAGAAAAUUGAGUGGCCACUGUGCAGUAAUUAAGUAAUAUGAUGAAAAUCUCUUGCCUAAAUCUAGCCUAGCAGUUCAAAAGAGGGGACAUUAAUUUCAUUGUUAAUUUCUUUAAAAAGAAGGAAGUAUAUAAGCUAUCCUGAAUUUAAAAUGAAACUUUACAUAGGAUUAUAAAACCGCUCUAGUGAAACAAGUAGUUUGUACCUCUGCUGCUGAGUAAUGCAGUUUGCUAAAAAUAGAAAUGUAUUCUUUUGCUUUCAAGUAGUGAAUGGUACAUUUGUAAAGUUUGUAUGCUUUUAUUUCAAAAUAUUAAAACAGUAAAAUUAAACCUGUGGCUAGACUCCUUUUAAAAUAUAAAAAAAAACAAAAAACAAAAAACCACAAUCCUCAAACCCACUGAAUUAGCUUCUUUGUAACUUCUAGGAAUUGCUGAUAGUUCUAGAAGCAGUUUUUACAUUCUCUCACAGAUACCUGAAGACACUCACAUUUUCCUCAACCUUUUCUUCUCUAGGCUAAACACUCCUCGCUCCUUCAGCUGCUUGAUCUUACCCUUUGCCCUCCUAGUGGCUUUUCUCUGUGUGCUCUCUGACUCAUCAAGACCCUUCCCAAAAUAUGGCUCCCAAAAUAGAACUCUGGAUUUGAUCUGAUGAGGGCCAACAGCAGGACAGGCAUCUCCUGAUCUGAGGCAGGGCUUCCUUCCUGCAGCUUCCUGGAUAUACUGCUUCUUCACCUCUCCCUGUCUUAGGAAUGUGAGACAUUGGGAGAGACAGAGACAGAGAGACAACUUCAUCCUCCAGGGCGGUGAUGGUAAAUGUAAGACAACUGACUGGGGGAUGGGGGUGCAUGCAGGAUACACUUAGUUUAAUCUGCAGCAGUCACAUAUUCUCCAUCACUUCUUUCAGUCUAGACAGUCAGCAGGACAAUA